AUGCAAGGCCUUGGACAACUUGCCGCCUCUCUAGUAACACUGAUCGUAGUCAUCGGUUACAAAGACCAGUUGAUUUCUGUGGCAUCUGUCGGCGAAUGUGUAGGUCAAUGUGCUUCCACAGUCGACAAAAUGUGGCGUAUCAUCAUCGCGUUUGGAGGCAUACCUGGCUGGUUUGCUCUCUACUACCGUCUCACCAUUCCCGAAACACCUCGUUACACAUUCGAUGUGCUUUACGAUGUCGAGAAGGCUUCGGUCGAUGCACGAAAGUACCGCUAUGGAAAGCAGGGCAAUACCAUCGACCCGGUAGCGCGGGCCAAGGGACGCAACGAAAUGAUCAAGUACAGAACUCCCCGACCAUCGCUGAGCGAAGUCUUCCGCUUCUAUUCUCAGAAGCGACAAGCCAUUAGGCUCUUUGGCACAUCAAUGUCCUGGUUGUCAGUUACCACCUUCUUACCCAAUCAUCCUUCAGUCUCUUGUUCACCCUUCUGA